AUGUCCCUCCCUCCCCGGCUGCAACAGCACUUCACGGCCCGGCAGGGAGGGCGGCCCCGCGGGGCUGCCGAGCUGGGCGUGGGGCGAGGGGGGCCGGGCCGGGAAGGGAGGGAGGGAGGAGAGGAGGCGGGGAAGAAGUGGAGGGGAGAAGAAACGGAGGGAGAGGGACGAAAGGGGGCUGGAGAGGAGGGGCCAGGCUGCCCGGACCGACGUGGGACAGGUCCUGGGCAGCCCAGCCGCCAGGCGAGGCGAGAGGCCCCGAUCGGCAUCCAGGUCUUUGCCAGCGCCUGGAAUGCGCCUCCCUCCCCAAUCCAAGUCCUUGUUUACUGCAACAUCCCUCCCUCCGGCCCGGCCCUGACCCCUCCAGGGCUGGGCGUGUCCUUGUCCGGCUGCGUCUCCACGCCCCGGGCGGGGGGCUCCUCAGGCCCGGGGCGGCGACCUGUCACCCAGCAAUUCGCUGUUUCAAGGUUCGAGUUUCUUAUCCCCAUUUUUAACAUGAGACCGUCGAAGCCUAGAGAACUUCCCUUCUGGACUCAUUCAAUCGAUCAACAAGUAUGGGAUCUAGUGACUCUUCUGAGCCUGCGGGAGCCUCGGGACACCACAACCUCGGGAAAGAGUCAACAGGGCCACCGGUCAUAAAGCAGGCUCUGCCCGGUGUCCAUCUGGUGCUGAAGGGGGCUGCCGGCGCAUCAGCUUCCUCGUCGGUAAAAUGGUCUUGUGAGACUGGAAAGAGCCAGAGGGCAGGGGCUGAGUCCUCUCCCAGCGGCCUGACAAACACCUGCACGGGACGAGGGAGGAGGGCGGUUCCUGCUCCAGGCGAGGGCGGAGGCGGGACAGGAGGGGAGGGGCCGCCGCCUGCGCCAGUAACCCGAUCCUCAGGAAUGCGCCGGGGCCAGAAGAGCCCCCAGCCCGAGCCCGGCGCCCUUCCCCCGGCCCACCCGCGGGGUUCUGCCACCCGGGGACGGUCUCCGCAAGUUCCACCCCCACUAGACCUUGGGUCCUAAGCGCCGGGGGACUGUCCGCAGAAGCCCCAUCCGGCUCCGCGGUGCUCUGAGCACCCCGGGACCAUCCUUGGCAAGAGCCUCUGCCCCAGGACCCCUCCGCUUCACUCCCUUGGGCUUCCUGCUUAACUCUUUUUCUUUGGGGCUUUCCGUUUUAUUAAGUAGAUU